CCGCCCGCCGCGUUCUGAGGGCGCGAGCCGUGCGUUCGGCAGACCGCGUCCGUCGAUGCUCUUCCCUCCGUGGCGCCCGCCCUCCGCGCAGAUGCUCUUCCACUCGCUGCUCCGCCAGCCCCGGCUGGGCGCCCCGAGGCGCGGGUGGUCUUCCCAGUACCCUCUGCAGUCCCUUCUUGCGGGCUACCAGUGCGACUGCAAUGAUGAACACACUUCCUAUGGAGAAACGGGGGUCCCAGUUCCGCCCUUUGGAUGCACCUUUUCUUCUGCUCCUAACAUGGAGCACAUACUAGCAGUCGCCAAUGAAGAAGGCUUCGUGAGAUUGUAUGACACUGGGUCAAACACCACUAAAAAGAAAUGUGUCAAAGAAUGGAUGGCGCACUGGAAUGCUGUUUUCGAUCUGGCCUGGGUCCCUGGGGAAUUUAAACUUGUUACUGCAGCGGGUGAUCAGACAGCCAAGUUCUGGGAUGUGAAAGCUGGUGAGCUGGUAGGCACGUGCAAAGGACACCAGUGCAGCCUGAAGUCGGUUGCCUUUUCUAAGUUUGAGAAAGCUGUCUUCUGCACAGGUGGAAGAGAUGGCAACAUUAUGGUCUGGGACACCAGGUGCAACAAAAAAGAUGGAUUUUAUAGACAAGUGAAUCAAAUCAGUGGUGCUCACAAUACCUUAGACAAGCAAACCCCUUCAAAACCUAAGAAGAAACAGAACUCAAAAGGACUCGCUCCUUCUGUGGAUUUCCAACAGAGUGUGACCGUGGUCCUCUUUCAAGAUGAGAAUACGUUAGUCUCAGCAGGAGCUGUGGAUGGGGUAAUCAAAAUAUGGGAUUUACGUAAGAAUUACACUGCUUACCGGCAGGAACCCAUAGCAACCAAGUUCUUCCUGUACCCAGGUAGCAGCACUCGAAAACUAGGGUACUCAAGUCUGGUUUUGGACUCCACGGGCUCUACUUUGUUUGCCAACUGCACAGAUGACAACAUCUACAUGUUCAACAUGACUGGCCUGAAGACUUCGCCGGUGGCUGUCUUCAAUGGACAUCAGAAUUCCACCUUUUAUGUCAAAUCCAGCCUUAGCCCAGAUGACCAGUUUCUAGUCAGUGGCUCAAGUGAUGAAGCUGCCUACAUCUGGAAGGUCUCCAUGCCCUGGCAGCCGCCCACUGUGCUCCAGGGACACACUCAGGAGGUCACAUCUGUGUGCUGGUGUCCGUCAGACUUCACAAAGAUUGCUACCUGCUCUGACGACAAUACACUGAAGAUCUGGCGCCUGAAUAGGGCCUUGGAGGAGAAACCCACAGAUAAACAUGCCUUAGUGGGCUGGGCCUCGCAGAAGAAAAAAGAGGCAAGGGUUGAUCUAGCGCAAGCUGCCAGCAGCCAGAGCACACCCGCCAAGGCGCCCAGAGUGAGGAGCAGCCCGUCCACGUCCUCCCCGUCAUCAGCAGCAUGUGCUCCAAGCUGUGCCGGGGACCUGCCUCUGCCUUCCAACACGCCCACCUUCUCUCUGAAAACCCCCCCAGCCAAGGCCCGCUCCCCUGGCGGCCGCAGAGGCUCCGUGUCCUCCGGCUCACCCAAGCCGCCUUCGUCUUUCAAGAUGUCCAUCAGAAACUGGAUGACUCGAACCCCUUCUUCAUCCCCGCCCAUCACCCCCCCUGCCUCUGAGACCAAGCUCAUGUCCCCGAGAAAAGCCCUCAUUCCCGUGAGCCUGAAAUCCUCCCAGACGGUGGCUGGCUCCGAGUCCAGAAACAGGGUGAAGCGGCGGCUCGAUCCCAGCUGUUUGGAGGGCGUGAAGCAGAAGUGCGCGAAGAGCUGCAGCUGUGUGACUGAGCUGGAUGACCCGGUGGGGGCGCUGCACUUGGAUCUGUGCUGCCUGGCGGGGCCCCAGGAGGACCUGGGCAAGGAUUCCCUCGUCCCUCCCAAGGCCAGCCCUAUGGAAGCCACCAGCAUGAGCCUCUCCGAGCCGCCCUCUCCUGCCAGCCCUUAUGCCGCAGAGGGCUGCGGGGCACUCCCUCUCCCCUUGGGGUCCUGUGGAGAAGGGUCUGAAGUGGUGGGCAAAGAGAACAGCUCCCCAGAGAACAAGAACUGGUUACUGGCCAUGGCAGCCAAGCGGAAGGCUGAGAAUUCAUCGCCGCGAAGUCCAUCAUCCCAGACCCCCGGUGCCAGGCGACAAAGUGGGAAGACUUCCCCGAGCCCGGUCACCAUCACGCCCAGCUCCAUGCGGAAAAUCUGCACGUACUUUCACAGGAAGUCCCAGGAAGAGUACUGCAGCCCGGAGCAGUCCACAGAGCUAUAGCUUCUGACCUGAAGAAAGUCCUGUCUGAAAUCCACCUGGUCUGGGUCUCCUAUGGUGCUUGCGCACACGUGCAUGCCUGCGUGCGUGCGUGUGUGUGGCUUCUCUACACUGACAACAUCCCAGCUCACAGAGGCAGAAAACAAGGCUUGGCCCUGUCGCUCAACACUACACAAUGAGAAGCUUCUGCCGGAGGCCCGCCGCGAGGCCAGCAGCUGGGAGCCAGGCGCAGAUGCCCUGGGCGUUCCUGCCUCAGACACGUAUGGCUUCACUUCGAAUAUAUAGUUUUGUCACUACGCCUUUGUGGGGGGAGGGGGUUAAGUGUGUAAAAAUGGGAUGUUCAGAUAAAUACAUUUAUAUUGAUUCAGUGUUAAAGUACGAUCUCUUAAGUUAAAAUCAUCUUUAUUUUAAGAUCAGUGAAAAAUGUCAACUUUUUGGAGAAAGGAGAACAACAGCGUACAGCUUUGUCUUCUUUCCCCAAAAUCUCUUUCCUGUGUGGGGCUUUUACCAAGCUGAUCGCCAUCACCACCCAGCAGGUCUUCUCCAGGAGGCUGGUUUUGGCCGGUUCCCGGAGGCGCGUGGGUAAGGUUGGUCCUCUCACGCUGCGCUGGGUCUGUCCCAGCUCUCCGGUCUCCGGGCUGUGGCUUUCUUAAAAAGUAAGUUGUAAGGUAUUAAGAAAAAGUAAUAACCCUUACUGUUUUUACAAAAGAAGAUAGCUCUGAAUUAAAAAUAAAUCUUGGCUUUCUUAACGACUUUUGCAGUUUCUUCACAUGUAUUAUAAAGCAGUGCCUUCUGGGGGCGCCUGAGCCAGGCACUCUCUGGCCGGUUAAUAGCAUGUAUGCUGGCCUAGGGUAACCCAGGCUGCCGCUCAUCUGGGAUGACACAUCCCUUCUGUGCUUUUUCUUUGCAACCUCGAGGACCCGCGCUCCUGUGCUGCCCCCAAUGGGGUACGCUGCCAGUCAUGAGGCGUGACUGCCUUCCCACCCUUGAGGGCUGUGGGCU